GGACCACUAAAAACGUCAUUACUUUUGUCCAUGUCCGUGAAGUAUUUGAAGAUAAACACUUUAACCGAAUCUGCAACGGAGUUCAGAAAUCUGUAUCAAUUCCAGGUGUGGAGACAUGGCCUCCUUCUCCGCUCUCACGACCAAUAUAUCACUUCAUUUCGUUCCAAAUCUCUUACCAGUCUACUCGUUCACUUCUGCUCCGACGAAGAAUCCACCGCCUCAACAGCACCAUAAGCUCCGGAUCCGGCGAACGCCUUGUGCUUCUGCACUUGCCGUAGCUUCUCCUGGCGUUUCCAAGCCAGAUCUUCUCGUCAAUUCCCUUUUAUCUAAGGUUCUGGAAUCAGAUAGAGGACUUUUCUUGAGUAGAGAGGAGCACAAAAAGGUGGCCGAGAUGGCUCAUGAAUUGGAGAUCUUCUGUGUGGAUCAACCCGUUAACUGUCCUCUAAUAUUUGGAGAUGGCGGCGGGAACCUAAUGAAUUGUUUAAAAGACUCGGAUUUAAAUCUCUCAAGAUCUUGGUUAUUGAAAUUUCUUACAGAAUGGGAUGUAGUAUACUGUUCAAACCCCACUUCACCAGGAGGAUUCUAUAGGAGUACAAUUGGUCGUCUUUUCUUCAAAACAAAGGAAAUGAUUCAGGUCCUUGAAGCCCCUGACAUCGUGAGAAAUAAAGUGGGUUUCUCUCUUUUGGGAUUCAUUGAUGGGGAAGUUUCUUUGAAAGGCAAAUUGAAGGUGGUUGAUGAAAAGUGGAUUGAAGUUGUUUUCACACCUCCGAAUGUUAAGAUUGGUGGGUUAGAAUUGAAGUAUGGCGGUGAGAGCGAGGUUAAACUGCAGAUCCUAUACAUUGAUGAGAAGAUGAGGCUGGGAAGAGGAUCCAGGGGCUCUUUAUUUGUUUUCCACCGACGACAUCCAUCCGGUUUAAUAAAUCAAUAAUUAUUCAUCUUUUUAUUUAUUAUAUAUAUAUAUAUAUAUAUAUAUAUAUAUAUAUAUAUAUAUAUAUAUAUAUGCACAUCAAGUUAACCACAAAUAUGUAUAGAGUUACUAGAGUAUGAGGGUGUUUGGAUCUACUUAAAAGUUAAAACUGCUUCUGCCUUUUAGGGUGUGAAUAAUUGAUUGUUUGGAUGGAAGUGCAGAAGCACGUAUGAGUGAUGCGAAAUGCACUUAAAAGCAGUUUUUAGAAGCUGGGCGAGACCGAUUUUCGAAAAACUGAUUUUGAUUUUGUUUUUGUUUCUGUUUUUAAAAAAGUAGAAGCAGAAUAAAUUUCAAACAUCAUCAUUCUCUUUUUUGGUGGCACAUAACAAAUAUUAAGCAACACUAAUUAUUUUAAGGUCAUGGUAAAUAGUACGG